AUGGCUACUUUCACCAUCACCAAGUCGGGUUGGUUGACUAACGUUGCUGAUAACGUGCUCUCCAGCGUCAUGAAGGACUUCCCCAAGCUGGCCUGGACUGUCAAGGAGGACGACGAGAACCUGACCUGGUUCUUCGACAAGGCCGAUGGCAGCCUGAGCCGCGACGGCGAGGUUCUGUUCUGGUCUGGUGUUGAGGAGGGUGAGGAGGUCAAGCAGCUGGUCCAGGAGUUCACCAAGAACGGCCGCCAGAUGUUCGGUGACAUCAACCUCGAGUCACGCCUUCACCGUGCUCACCAGGCUGCUUCCCUGCCCAAGGGCUUUGGCGCCAGCGCUGCCUCUACUGAGCAGAAGCGUGCCUUCUCCACCAGCUCCAACGUCCUGCGUGCUAACCGUGCCGUGCGCCCUGCUGUUGCUGUCAAGGGUGUUCGCGCCUACUCCACCACCAACCCCAACCCUCCCCUCGGAGAGAAGAACGCCUCCAACUCUUCCCCCGCCAAGGUUGCUCUCAUUGGCGCCCGUGGUUACACCGGUCAGGCUUUGAUCAACCUGCUCAACGCCCACCCCAACAUGGAUCUCCGUCACGUUUCGUCGCGUGAGCUGGCCGGCCAGAAGCUCAAGGGUUACACCAAGCGCGAGAUCAUCUACGAGAACCUCAGCCCCGAGGAUGUUCGCAAGAUGUCCGCCAACGGUGAGGUCGACUGCUGGGUUAUGGCUCUGCCUAACGGCGUCUGCAAGCCUUUCGUUGACGCCGUUGACGAGGGUGCUGCCAAGGGCAACGUCAUCAUUGACCUGAGUGCCGACUACCGCUUCGACUCUUCCUGGACCUACGGUCUGCCUGAGUUGGUCGACCGCUCCAAGAUUGCCCGUGCCACUCGCAUUGCCAACCCUGGAUGCUAUGCCACUGCUGCUCAGCUCGGAAUCGCUCCUCUCGUUCCCUUCCUCGGUGGUCAGCCCACCUCCUUCGGUGUCUCUGGUUACUCCGGUGCUGGCACCAAGCCCAGCCCCAAGAACGACGUCAACUUCCUCACCAACAACCUCAUCCCCUACAGCCUGACUGACCACAUCCACGAGCGUGAGAUCAGCUCUCAGCUGGGCGCCAGCGUUGCUUUCAUUCCCCACGUCGCUGUCUGGUUCCAGGGUAUCAGCCACUCCAUCAGCAUUCCCCUGAACAAGGAGAUGACUUCUCGUGACAUUCGCAACAUCUACCAGGACCGUUACGCUGGUGAGAAGCUUGUCAAGAUUGUUGGCGAGGCUCCCCUUGUCAAGGACAUUGCCGGUCGCCACGGUGUUGACAUUGGUGGCUUUGCUGUCCACUCCAGCGGCAAGCGUGUUGUUGUCUGUGCCACCAUCGACAACCUGCUGAAGGGUGCCGCCACCCAGUGUCUCCAGAACAUGAACCUGGCUCUGGGUUACUCCGAGUACGAGGGUAUUCCCCUGGAGUAA